CGCUGUGUUGCUUCCUCUGCUUCCAGCCAGGUACUGCACAUCUAGCUAGCCAGCCGCCAGCGUGCAUCAUCUUUGCUGCACAGACACACAGACACGCAGAAAUACGGAUAUACAGAGAGAGAGGGGGAGUACUACCUGUACCGUACCUCUGCCCCCCCUCUCCCCGAGGGCUUGCUUCCAUCAUCCUAUUUGAUUCAUACGGCACAGAUACCUAAGCUGGGUUAACCUGACCUUGUUGAGGAGCUCCCUCUGGCUCUACAUCUGGCUCUCUACCCUCUCUCUGGAUCUGUUCAGGUACUCAUCCUUGACCGCCCCCCCUCCAAAACUCCUAUUUUACUCAGCUACCCGAAAAGAGGCACAUUAAUUUCCUUGCCAUGGGUCGCAGGCCUGCACCACAGCCGCUGACGCUGUCGGAAUCCCAGCCUGCCGCCGACCAGCCUGAAGACGUCGUCCCGCGCUCUGCUGAAACUCUCGCCUAUGCCGUUCCUCCAAGCGCCGGCUCCAACUCGCAAUCUUCUCCCAGAUCCCCGCGCUCUCCCUUUAGGUUCACUCCGAAAAGGCCCAGCGCCAGUGGCAAGCAGUCCCUUCAGUUGACCGACGAGCAUCGAAACUUUGAAGACGACGGCUUUCAGCAGUAUCAACCCAUCUCCUCUGCCCUCCAUCGCGCUUCCGAAGACACGCCCCCUCGCCAGCAUCACCACCAGAACCCCAUCAGCCCCCGGACGCACCGCCCCGACGACGCCCCCAACAAGACUACCACCUCGUCUUCCUCCUCCAAAGGCGGCGGCUUCUUUUUCAAUUUCUCAAAGGCCUCCAGGUCGUCCCAAUCUCUCGCAUCCUCUCCUUCACCCUCGCCUUCACACCCUCAGCGUCAGAACCAGCAACAAGCUCCCAUCCCAAAUACUGACUCGAGGGGCCAAAGUAUGCCGAGGGGCCCCGACAAUGCUCCUAUGGGCAGUGACCAACCCACCCAACCUUCAGCAGAACCAUCCUACGCCGAGCACGCCGUCCAAAAGCCCGCACCCGUUCUGCCGUCCAAGUCCGACGUCUCAAUAGCCUCCGUUGCCGACUACGACCCUUCUCCUGCCCAGCCAUCCUCUACGAAGAAGAGCAAAUCCAAGCCUUUCGGUCUUUUGAGCCGCAACAAGUCGCUUCGCGACAAGGACGGCUCAGGUUCUAGAGACAAGCAGCCAAGCCCCGUGCCUGUCGCAAUCAACGACCCCGAACCGUCGCAUUAUUUGGCAGGCCGCAACCAAUCGCUCGCUACACCCGCCACCGGAUCCGACAGGUCUCACAAAGAGAUGGUUAACUCGACUGGGCGGAACCACUCGGAAGACCGCGCGUCGUCUCGAGACAUGGGCAACAAGGAAAACCAGAAGGAAAAGGAUCAUCACCACCCCCGGUCAAAUUCCUCGUCGCAGAACGGUGGCUUUUUUGGUGGAUUGAAGAGCGGAAGGGACAUGCUCAGCAACCGGUUGUUUGGCAAGAGCGGUCGCAGUGGGAGCACGACGGAAAGGGAGCCAGUCAUCGACGACGAGCACUACGUACUGAAGACGAUCAACUUGCCUCUUGUCGAACAGACGCGUCGCACACGGAUUUCGAAGCGCUUGGAGGAUUCGAGAGACAAGACCGAGUUCUGGAUGCCAGCAUUCCCAUGGCGCGCGAUCGACUACUUGAAUUACAAAGGCUGCGAUGUCGAAGGGCUUUAUCGUGUGCCGGGAAGCGGGCCGCAAAUCAAGAAGUGGCAGAGAAGGUUUGACGAAGAGUACGACGUCAAUCUGUUUGAACAGCCAGACCUUUACGACAUCAACAUCAUUGGCUCCAUGCUUAAGGCGUGGCUACGAGAAUUGCCUGACGAGCUAUUCCCUAAAGCAGCCCAGGAGCGCGUCGCGAGGGAAUGCGUCGGCUACGAAACCGUGCCUCCGCUCCUGAUUGAAGAGUUGUCUAACCUGUCGCCGUUCAACUACUAUCUUCUCUUUGCCAUCACCUGCCAUCUCAGCCUGCUUCUGGCGCACUCCGACAAGAACAAGAUGGACUUCCGAAACCUAUGCAUUUGCUUUCAGCCAUGCAUGAAGAUUGACGCAUUCUGUUUCAGGUUCUUGGUUUGCGACUGGCGCGACUGCUGGAAAGGGUGCAAGAACGAGGCAAAGUUCAUCGAGCAGGAGUACCAGCUGUUCGACCAACCGCCCCCGAAAGGUCUGUCGGAGCCGCGCAAGCCCUCUCGCGAGACUACAGAGGAGCCGGCGCAGGAAGAGCCAGCUCCCACUACGACAGUGGAGGAGAGGGCGGGGUCGUCUUCCGAAAGCAGCAAGCAGUCGAGUGCCAGCACCGAGCAGCAAGCCAAGGACCGACGGCCUAAAAAAAAGCCCCUCCAACUUUCCGAGUCAAACGGUAGCGUCGCAUCCAAUUCGACAAUGUCCACGACACUCACCAUUGACAGCAGCCGGGACGCACCCAGGGGCUCCAACGACUUGCGGCCCUUGUCACCCAUCAAACCCCUUUCACCACUCGGUUUCUAGAUGCUAGGUCCGAGAGCUCUCCAGUUUCUUUCAUCCAUCGAAUACCCAGGCGGAACUCGUGUGUAUAUGAUAUGGAACGCUUCAGCAUCAUCAACAACAUCAUCACUGACGACGAUAUCACGCCAUUGACGACUUUCGUUCUUUCCAAACCCCUUUCCCAGACUCGGGGCCGUGAAAAAACACGGACCGAACGGGCGACUACCACGGGCCCAUCUCUCAUGCAGACCCGGAAAUUACACACUGGGUUUCGCUUCGUUUGCGACACAGCAUCAUGCUAUUUGGUAUACCCCCAGGGCAUCGAAUCGUAUCACAAAAGCCGUCGAUUUUGCUGUUUUCCAGGAAACUGCCUUGGUUGACUUUGCAUCAACAAACAGAUACCUGGCGACCAGAACUACUAGGGAGCGGUCAACGCUCGUUGUGGCUUCUAGGUUUGGGUACCUAAUUUUUCUUUCUCCUUUUGUGAAGUGCCGCGAAUAUAGCGAUGUUUGGUCUUUUGUAGCAUGGCAGGACAGGACGAGCCAGGAGCAUUCAUUAAAUGCUGGUAAAGGCAAGCGGCGUGGGUGCAGGGAUGGGUCUCACUCAGGUCACGAACACAUGACUGCAGGGGUUUCGUGGAAUCUCUGUACAUUACAGGAGAGCUUUUGUAUGUAGAACGAAGGGGAUGAGCGCGCGGCAACGGCCACGUCGGGCUCCCUCUCCCUUGCGAAAAACGGAGGAAGACAAAGUUCACAAUACGGAGACUGUUGCCCGCCCAAACAUCGGUUUGUUAUCGCAGCCAGGAACUGUGGCCCGCGAGGCGAUUUUUUCCUUUUGAGAACCCGACGCCCAAGCCGUAGAGACUGGAAAUGACUAACCACCGUGAAACGCCGUAUCCAUGAGCCGAACCCGAAGCAUUACAAACAAAACCUCAUCCUCCUUCCCAAGCUUU